UGAUUGCCACCAUCUUUGAAUUGUCUGAAAAUACAGUCGGUCGGGUAGUUCCGGAUCACUAGCAGUUGAUUCGGAAUUACCCGAGAUCCGGAACUACCCGAUCGACUGUACGUGAAGUUGCAUAUUACGGAUUUGAAUCAGAAAUCAAAUGGAAGGUUGGAGAAAAAAUGGGAUCCAAGCACCCUCCGCGUUAUAUUGGAUUCAGCGUUAUAACCGAGCGCGUUAUAUUGGAGUUACAGUGUAUAACAAGAGCAAACAACUGUUAAGUAAAUGAAGGAAGAAUCGUUCUCCGUGUUGAAUGGCCAGGCGAAUCCCAGUGUUAAAAUGCUUCAUAUGUGCAGCUGUUGUAUACUCUCUCACUCUCACCUUGCUCUUCAUGUGGUGGAACCCUGCAACAUCAAUCAACUUCAACGCGGAUGAUAAAUAUGGCACACACUCAAGAACAAAAAUUCAUGAUUUGCCAAGGGUGGUGGAAUUAAUGGAUCAAAUAAUCUCAAACAAUUUUUCUAGUUUUUUACUUCAGCAUUUGUCUCAUUUUAAAGGACAUAAUGUUACUUUACAAGAUGAUCAUCAAGAAUGGGGAAAGCACAUGUUGGCUGUUGUAGUGCCAUUUAGAGACAGAUUUGAAGAGCUAAUGGAAUUCGCACCACAUUUAUAUUUGUACCUACUAAAAAAGAAAAUAAGACAUAAAAUAUAUGUGAUCAACCAGAUUGAUUCUCUAAGCUAAUAAUUACUCUGAGAGCACAUAUGACUUUCCAUGUGACAGAUUCAACCGUGGAUCUUUGAUCAAUAUCGGAGCCCUGGAAAGUGAUCCAGACUGUGAUUACAUCGCCAUGCAUGACGUGGACCUUCUGCCACUUAGUGACCAGUUGGACUACUCAUACCCGCAGAGCGGGCCCUUCCACAUAGCAGCUCCAAGCCUGCAUCCCCUCUACCAUUAUCCAACCUUCAUUGGUGGUAUCCUGCUGAUAACCAAGGAACAUUUCUCAUUGGUCAAUGGCCUGUCUAACAGAUACUAUGGCUGGGGUAGAGAAGACGAUGAAUUCUAUGUCAGACUGAAAAAAGCUGGACUACUGAAAACUGGCUACAUCACAAUGAAUGAGUCACAAACUGUUGCAUAUGAAAUACGACGUCCCCAAAAUGUGUCCACAGGCCUGAAUACCUUCAAACACAUCCACGAAAAACAGAGAAGACCUCGUGACAGCUCCAACUUCUUUGAUCAAAAGGCUAAAACAAACAAACUGGACCGAGAGACAGGAGUGAGCACUGUGAAGUAUGAUGUCAAGGCAACCCAUCAUGUGAUGCUAGAUGGUGCCCCUGUGACUGUGCUGGACGUGAAACUCUCCUGUGACUACAUGAAGACUCCAUGGUGCUUGAAGAAGGAAGACCACUACCUGCUGGACAGCGUUAUCACACAACAUCCUCCUGGACACAGAUGACUGCUUUCUGUGAAGAUUAUCAUUUUGACAUCUUUCUGCAAACUAUUUCUGUAUUGAUUAGAAUUACAGAAAACAAACGAACUGGACUGAUAGACAGGAGUGAGCACUAUGAAUUAUGAACUCAAAGCAUAAAUAGACGUGGAGUUCAUGCAACAGUCAUAGAUUGGGACUUCAUAUUGUCAAGAUUAUUUUUCAGAAACAUUGCUUCAAACAAAGUUAUUAGGACCAUGACUGUGCAGUUUGCGGUUAAUAAAGGAAGAGGAUAUCAAACAAGCUUUAUUCUUUUCUCUAUAGUAAAGAAAACAUGAGACACUAUCAGGACUGAAAUCUGAAAAGGAUUGAUUUGAAUCAUGUCAUGUCGUGCAUAAACGGAUCUUCUGCCAAAUGUUGCUAGAGUAACUUAAGACUAGUCUGCUCAUUCAGGAAGUCUGAUAAGGAGCAACCUUUUCCACUUCUGAAACCAUGAAAACUUCUGUGACUUAAAGGUCGUAAGGGUAGCUAUAGACCAGAAGGCUGGCAGGAGGUGAACAAUACUUUUGUGCCUCUUAUGAAUAAGAUUCUUUUCUUAUUUGAUUGUCCAACUUUUAAUCUUUUAGGCAAAAUUAUAUUUAAGACUAUGUUAUUGAAAUAAUUUAUAAUUUUUUAAAAAUACUUUUGUUAUACAUUUGAUGUGUAUGCUUGCAAUAGAAUACUGGUUGUUCAGAUUUUUUCUCUGUCAAAGAAACAAUGUGUUUGUUCAAAAUAUUUUUUUAUGAUUAAAAUAUUAUUCAUUUUUUAUUGUGUUUUACUGUAUUCAGUAAUUUUUAAAGAACAUUAAAUAAAAUAUAUCAAUAAAUUUGCUUAUAAUUAUAUAUAUAUAUAUAUAUAUAUAUAUAUAUAUAUAUAUAUAUAUAUAUAUAUAUAUAUAUAUAUAUAUAUAUAUAUAUAUAUGGACUUUUUAGCUCAACUGAGCACAGUGUGCUGAUGGUAGGCUUUUUUCUGCCUUUUUCCCGUUAUGCGUUGCACGUCGUGCAUUGUGCAGUGUCAACAUCAGCUAACUGCAUAGGUCAUCGGGUUUUUAUCGUUCAACUUAAUAAAUAUUUUCUCUCUAAUGUGCAUUUCUCUAUUGAUUUAUUUUUAAGCUUCGUUUUAUUUAUUUUGAAUAAUAUAAGCAUGUAUAGAUCACUCAGCUUUUUAUUAUAACUAGUAUAAUUUUUCGUUUUGAUAAAUUAUUGCCUCAUUCUAUAUGGUUAUUCUUUUUAGGUACAUGUAUUACAUUUUCCUUUAUAUUUAUUUUCAAAGAAUAUUAGGGUCACAUAAACAACCAAGCUAUGAAAUAUGGAUUGUUUACACCCAAUAUUGCUGCUUCUUCCUGUAUUUGCACGAUGAUGAUCUGAAAUAUUAAUUAUAUUCUUAAAUCUUUUUGUAAACAGAAGGGAUGUAGUUGACACUUGUUCGUAAUUUCUUUUCAUUGUUGAUCAAAAAAGUUGUAACUCUGUUGCUCUGGUCUUCUUCCUACCAUUGAGUAAUUAAAUGGUAAUUAAAUUAAAUGUGUUUUAAUUCCCUUUUAUUAUUGUUUAAUUUGAAUAGCCAUGCAAUGAGGUGAAAUUUUAUUUACACUUAUAUGUAUCAUGAAUAUUACUGGGCCAAGUGUGAGGUUGAGCGCUCUAAAACAAGUUUAAACCCCCAGUGCUUUGCAUGGACCAUUCCAAGGUGGUGACCCCAGCUUUAUUCUACUACAUGUAUGUGUGUAUUUUGUUUCAUAUUGUGCAGUACUGAUUUGGCAAUAGACCCUUUCAGUUAUUACCGGUUUUUAAUUAUCUCCCUUGUGUGACGUCAUGCGAUGAUAAUCGAGUGUAUCGAUUGUAAACGAGAACAGAAAUCUUGUUAUAAAAUGUUUUUUUUUCAGCGAUGUAAAUGGACUGAACAUAUGCACGAAAAGAUUUGUACUUACCUAAUUGUUAAUAAUGUAUUAUUUUUUAAUGAAAUUUUGAUAUUCGGUUUAUACUGCUGAUACAGCAGCGGUAUUGUUCAUCAGGGAACGUGAUCGGAAGACUAAAUACUGAAAAUCCCACAAAACAAAACUACUAAAUAAGCCGUAUUCUUUCUUAUAGUAAGACUUUUAUAAAUGAUGUUUAAAAAAUAAUAAAACAUAUAUUUAUUUGAUCACAGUUUUAAGUGGUGUGAA